AGUAUGAUAGUUCUUGAUGAUGGUUGAUGUGCAUGUACAUGUUGGCUCUUCAUCCCUGACAACUGUUUUCUUGUUAUUGGAUGGAACUAUUGCGAGAAAUUGUAGACCCGGGCACCAAAAAACAAGACCGGACUCCACCUGCCGCCGGUUUGCGAACUGGAUAAAACUGGGGUCACCCUUCCAGCGGUCUCGGCAUACAAAAAAAAAAACAGGGUGAAGGACAUGAGUGAAUGAACAGCCACGACAUCAGAAAGGAAAAAACGAAAAAAUGGCCCUUGACCAUGAUACGGAUACGCUGUUUGAGUACUGGCUGUUUUACGCGAUCCUUUAUGGCCUCAGCUUCAGAAACUUGAUAACGAUAUAAUACAUUUUCGCUUCAUUUAGUAGCCGCCCUGCUUUUACACUAUUUGCUUAGGGUCUCAGAGGACUAAGUGGUUUCUUGGGGUUGUGAUUUACUUCUAGGAUAGGGCGCACGCCACUGCUUUCACUAACAAGACGUUUUGUUAUUUGCAUAUCCAAGAUUGGACAACGUGAAGAUUCCUCCAAAAUGCACUUCAUUUCCAGUAAAGCAAGUUUAGAGACUCUAAAAAUUGUUGAUUAUAAGUUCGCUGCCAUGGUCAUGGUGGUUUUUUUACAACGAGUUUGAGGGCGCACGAAUUUGGCCACUGGAAUUUUUUUUAUGGAGAAAGAUUAAGAUAUUUAUUGAGAAGAGGACAUUAAUUUGAAUCGUUCUCGUAGGAAAUUGUUUUUACUCGUCCUUCUCGCAAUUUAGUCUAAACUCAAUCAUCUCUGAGUCUCUCAAUCGUCUCUGGCAUUCAUCUGAAGCCACUAUGAUAUCUGAGACGAUCAUCCUCAAUACCAAGCGAAACUGAACCAUCUUCAUCUUCUUUGCUACCAUCAUGAUUAGCAUCAUCGUCCUCGCUCUUGUUGACUCACCCUCAGAAUUUUGGGUGAACUGCUAGUACUACUUAGCAUAUCACAGAAUGCUGGGUAAACUACUAGUACAUCUGCUUCCCCCUCGCUCCUCAACUAUUCAGGAGCACCAUGUCUUGUCCAUCUAAGGCUUUGCCGUUGUAUCUAUGGCAGCCGACAUGAUAUGCCAGAAAAUCCGACAUGGCAGCACGUUUUUGAGAACGCUACAUUCGUAAGGCUGCAAGUACCUAGAGAGCAUUCUCAACGCCAUCCUUGGUCUCUUUUUGGUCGACAAUAGGAGCAUCAUGAUAAACAAUGAACUCUUCAACAUCGACCUCAUGCCAGGCACAUCAAUCACUCAAUCAAUCAAUCAAUUAGUAUUGGCUAAGAAUUGGAGUAUCAUCAAGCGGAAAAAGAAGUGGCCAAGGAUGUGGCUUUCAAGGAAGAUGCGACGCGGUAGCUCUAACACUCCGGGGAGUUUGCCUGACAGUCGCCAUGGUUGUUUUCUCUUUUUGAAGUGUGGCAGAGCUUAUAUACCUUCCGCUCAGGUACCUUUUCCGGUUAGAGUCUUGCAACGCAGACGAUGGCGAUCCAAGCUGCUGUGAUCAGAACCGAUCCGCCGACGGCUUCUGCAGAGGGUGUGUCUUCCAAGCAUACUGCGGGAGAAAUAGGGAGAAAUACGAACUACUCCAACCGUCCAAGCAGGUCCAGCGAGAACAGCGAGAACAGCGAGAGCGAGAAGAGAGGGCGAAUCUUAUUUUUAAUCGGAAAAGUUCUGGACAUGAUGACGUGCCAGAGGAUGGAGAAAACAAUCAAGAAGGUGAACAAAAUGAAGUCUCCUAUGAAGUCUUUGUCCUGUCAGAUGAUGACGAUGAGGCUCAAAAUUACGGCUUGUUUUCCUUUUUUAAGAAGUCAGUUAUACAGUUGCACUUGCUUGGGAAGCAUCUGAUUAUAUCUUCUUGGGCGAGCAGGAUGAUGUCCUCGUCGUAAUUAAUAGUCUAAUACGUCUUGUGUACUUCUACUUCGUGAUGAAGGUAAAUGACUCAACUUAUUCUUGAGAAGCUGGCAUCAUCUAAGUACCUUACUCUUCUCGGGAAGAAACCACAACUACGUGUCGUCAAAAGAUGCUAUGAAAUGUCCCUCUCUUCAGGUCUCAGGCAUCAUCUCUAAGAGACACCGCCACCGCCACCACCGCAAGAGGAUGUUCCUGAUGAGCGCCAACCAUUUUUGGUAGGUCCUCCGGUCAUUGCGCUUGCGGCACGGCGCUAUUCCGCAGUUCCACGACGUGAAAUAGCUGAACUUCUAGGUCCUGCGAUUGAUGGGGAAAAAAGGCGUCACUCAUCAUUCUUUUAAACGCCGUUCGAUGUGAAUAGACAUAGACACCAUGAAGAUGAACCAAUUACCGUGAUCUAAUGACUAUGAAGACUCAUACAGAAGCUACUAUAAAUGUAGAUAAUGCUCGUUUUCUUUAUUCAGUUCUUUCACAAUAAUAUUUUGCACAAGAAACUGUUGGUAUUGAUCACUACAUACGCAUAAAAAUGAUAUUUGUCGCUCGUCUUUUCUUCAGUUGUAGAGCUGACCUUGACUCUGUUGACGAGAUUGCACAGGCCUACCGUAUAAAAUAUGACGUUGCAGCACGCAGAAGAUCUUGAUGGAUACAACCACACGCUUCCUUUAUUUGAUUGUUGAAAACGUGAUGACUGCUGGAUAAGAAAGUGGGCCACUCUUAUGAUGCUCGUUUUUGAAAGGAGAUCGAUGUUCAUGGAAGAUCCUUUCUGUGCAAU